AUGCUGGCGGCCUCGUUGCAUACGCCCGUUCAUCAAAUCAAGCCCGGUCGUCCCUCCCCAGGACGCGGAGAGGCUUCCACUUCGGAGAUCCCUUUGUCAAUCGGCCAUGGACCGAAAAGAAGAAUGACCACUGAGGCCCACAAACCUCUUGAUUUGGAAGCUCUCAACAGGCGACUGCACCUAUACGACGAUAUAUCCUCCCAGAAGUCGUUGAAGACACUUGCAUCCCCCUUCCAACUUCGAACAGCUGCCCGCCUCCAGGACAGCAAGGUCGGCAGCGUCGCCAAGUCAGCUCCUGAAGCCACUCGGGAUCCCACCCCUUCCUCGUCGAAACUCCAACCUGAACCAGCCUCCCGGCUGCAUUCCUCCUCGAAAUCGAAAGCCGGCAAGCGUUCAAAAGAGGCGUCAUCCAGAUCGAGCAAUUCUCUCGUUCUCUCGACUGACUCCAAGUCUGCCCCGUCCUAUCUUCGCCUCGCGCCAGAAUCGCCUGAAUUGGGUCCCGGCGACUCCAUCAGCGUUAUGGCGUUCCCGACAGCCGCUGCACCCGCCACGCCAGUCGUGCCCCCCGCGCCCAGCCCCGCGCCGCAAGAUAUCCGGUCGGAGUUCCUACACCCCCGACUCGCCGAGGGAUCAGAGGGAAGGCUGCGUAGCGAGCUAGCCUCCGAGGCGACGAAGAAGGCGCAGGCGGAUGCGCAGGCCGAGCUCUUGAAGCAGCGGCAGCGGAAGUCCGCGAAGGAGCUUUCAGAGGAGCUAUACUCGUCCUUGCACUCCAACGCGAGCUCUCUGCCUACCACCGUGACUCCUGUGCGGCAGUCACGCCGGCCCUCAGCAGUCAAGUCACAAUCGACCCGCAAGACUGGCGUUCCGUCUGCGCGGAAGAGCGCACGCUCGCCCAGGCCUACCCUGCAGUCGCGAGCUCCAAAGCCUCCUUCGACCCUCGCAGCAUGCGACUUGCAGAGCCAAGUCAUCGCAUCUACGUCAGAUUCUGAGAGCGAUCAUCGGACUCGCACCCAGUCAAGAGCACCAUCGAUUCGUUCCCAGCGGACGCCCGUAUUGGAGAAGGCGGUCGCCGGAAAGAGGUACAACUCCAUCACCAUUCCCCUGGAGGACGUGCCUCAGAUCUUUUACAAGAAGAUUUCGCAGCUGAACUAUGGCCCCAUGGAGGACGCAGUGCCUCUGUACCUCUCAUCCCAGAGGGCUGAUGGUGGUGCGACACCGCCGGAUUCGAUCUCGCUGAGCGACGACGACUCUUUCACGGCGGGCCCACCCACCGUCAUAUCGAAGGACAUCCCGCCGACCGUUAUCUCAAAGGACGUCCAACCAAACGUCGUACCCAAGGAAGCUCCGCAGGCGGACUUUCAUCGGGAACAGCCGACUGAGCCAUGCCCUCCCCGUGUACCUACCAAGGCUGCGCCCAUUACCGACGAUGAUCUGGUCGAACAGUUACUCGACGCCGUGGAGAAGGCAGCGUCAAAGCGCAAGAUGACUCGGAAGCAGCAGGCGGCCAAGAUCAAGGAGCUGCAGGCAGCGCUGUCGGCGCUGAAACACACACACGCUGUAACCCUGGCCAAGGAGGCGGAGAGGGAGAAGAAGGAUGGCGAGACUAAGCGACAGCAGCAACUGAAGCAGUUGGAGCUGGAUGUCAAGCAGAAGGAGCGAGAGAUUAAGCGGUGGCAGAAGCAGCACCAGCUCGACACCGACAGGUUGCUCUUCGUCAAAGAAAGGACCGGCGGAAGUUUGAAAAGAAGGAAAGCUACAGGAAGGGCAUCGAGUACGGGCUGGGCCGAGUUUCAGCAACAGCUCAACAUCGUGUUCGCCCUUCAUGACGAACUGGCACCGUUGCUUGCUCGUCAACGAUCUUCUGAUUCGGAUCCGCCUGUGGAGUCCGAUACUCGAGAGAGCCGCCUCUCAGAGGCUCGACAGAUACAAGAGCAGUAUCUCGCCGGCGACCUCAGCGCCGCUCAGCCUCCUCAGCAGGAUCCUCACGAUCAUGUUCCGGAGCCUCAACAGGUCUGGAACGCCCCGCCACCACCGAUUCCGGCCAUGCAGCCAAUGCCGGAGCCGCAUUCACUGCCUCAAGGUACCGCUGCCGAGUACCUGUUCCACGGGCAAGUCGACGAUGAGCCUCGCAUCCCUGUACCGCCGCCUCUGCAGCCUCGCACUUUAGACCCAUCAUACCAACAGAGCCAGGUGGCUGAGCAGGGCUAUCUUGGCAGCUCGGACGAGUACCACGGGGAUUCAGCUGGAAUCGACGGCGUUCCGUCUCGGGUAGCCUCACAAAGGGCCCCUUUGAGCAGUGAGUUGGGAAGCAUCAGUGGCGCCAUGGCGUACUUGACGGAAGUCCUCGCUCGUGGGCACGCGAACCCGAACUCUCCCUCCAAACACCACCCGAUCAAACUGUCUACCCAAGCGGCGGUCAGGGAGCUUGGAGAGAAGCUGACACAGGCAGCAACUCAGGCUGAGAGAAGCCGUGCUCAAUCGUCGGCUUCAAGGCAUCAGCCUAAGACGAAUGCGGAGCGCUUGACCAACCGGCACGACGUCCGCAGCCGCCACCCGUCCGUUAGUCAGCCUGCCGCGCCAACGGCUACGGCACCUCUGCUAUCACGGCCGGGCACCGCAAUCGACAUUAACAAGGACCUGCCGCCAAUCACCCCUGGCAGGGAGGUUCAUCGGCGGCACUCGAUGACAUCUACGGAUGCCCUGGGCCAUGGCAGGCGCCCAAUGAGCCGUGCCAGCACCAUGAAGGUUCACCAGCGUAGUGCCACACAAGGCAGCAUUGAUAUGGAUGGCCGCUAUCCCAGGAUGUCCACAGGAGACGAUGAAAGAGUCGCUUAUAUACUGGAGCCGACGCUCGCCGAGAGGACUCAUGCUUCUCAUGCGGCUAGCGCUAGAGCGCCACCCACUGCUCGUCCGGACGAUCUGUCGAGCAUCGCCGAGGAGUCUCUCCGCGCCGCAUCGUCGCUGCCUUCUGCUCCCCGGGCGUCGCCCAUGGUGCCUCCUCCAUCUGAGCGGCUCGCGCAAGCCAGUCCUGCACCGCCGCUGAAGCCGCAGCAGACCGGAGUCUCAACGAGAAGCCGUCGCCCGUCCUUCGUCCUCUUUAACCAGCCAAAUUCCGCGAGUGUCCAGGCUCAAACGACCGGCAUUCAGCGGCAGGUGACUGGUGUUCAGCCGCAGCUCACAGGUUUGCAACUUCAGGCAGAGGGGGUUCAAGCCCAAAACGCUAGUCUUCAGCCUCAAGCGACUGGUAUCCAACCGCAGCCCACUGGCGAGGUGAUGCGGCCCCAGUACACGGGCAUGCAGUCUCAGCGGACAGGGCUCCAGCCCCAGCUCACAGGACCCCCGCCACCGCCGAUCGCGAGUGCACCGAUGCCUUCCCACUCUCCAGGACUGCAGCCGCAGCGUACUGGUCUUCAACCUCACCCGACAGGACCACCUUUGCAGUCUCAGCGAACGGGUGGCUCGACAUUCCAACUCCCAUCGGCGAUGAAGGCGCAGAAGACCGGAGUCAGCUUGCAUCCGAGCCCCGCCGGCGUUCGCUCACCCGUGCCGCCUGCGCCGUCUCAUGAGGCAAGCAUGUCUGAUCGGCCCCUGCUGGCGACGACGCCAGUUCCUGCUCCGUCGCAGCGUUCUGGUUCCAUACUGUUGAACCCUGGUGCGCCGCCCCAACCUGUGCCAGCGCAGUACACCGGUCCUGUUCAUCCUCAGCCGACGGAGGAGCGACCGACGCCCUUCCUCCAGCAGCAGCCAGGGAGUGUGCCGCCGAUGCAGGCGCAGCGGACUGGACCCCGCUGCCCCGCGAGCAUGUAUGCGGGUACGCCUGCGCCGCCGGGAUUCUCCAUGCCGCGGAUGCCAGGAGCAUGGGGACCGUCAACGCCCAUGCCGCUGGGAGCGAGCAAGACGGGGCCAGUGCCGCUCGCGGGAGACAAUGUGGACGCAGCCGAUGGAGCACCACCGCACGCUGAGCGACAACCGGUUCGACAACUGGCACGCCUCUCACUCGGCAGCGCGCUCAGCACAGGCGCAAGCGGCUUUGGGACUCGGCAUACCACUCGCACCCCUGGAGACGGGGGUGCCUCAGAACAGCCUGCAGCUCACGGGCGUACCGAUGCAGGAGCGGCAGCGCUCGGUGUCGAUCGCGCCCUCACAUCCUGA